UAGACAUGGCGUUUUGUCGCUUAGCUAUUUCCUUGGCAUUUCUGGUUUUCUCUCAUGUAAUUUGCGGAAUGUGUGAGGAGACUACAUAUGAAUUCGAAUGCGUUGACAUUAGCCGACAGCCAGCUUUCCAACACCCAUCGCUAAAGAAUCACAAAAUUCAGAUGAGACCAAGCGUGGAACUGGAGAAAAUGUUGGAAAAACAAUUUCCGAAAAUUUUUUCUAACUUAUCGUUCGAUGAAUCGGAUGAACCCUGUCCAAAUGGUAUGGUACCAAUACCGAAACGCAACAACGAGACCGCGAGCCUUUAUCUAAUGGAUGAUAAAUUCCCCGGUCAACAUUUUGCGACCAUUGAGACCAAGAACGACGGCAGUGUCUACGUGGGAGCCGUGGCUGAGAUUAGCAUCCAGUCUCCACAUGUAAAACUAAACCAAUACAGCAAAGCUCAGAUUUGGGUCGAAAAUGGGCCCACCAGUCUCCAAGCCGGUUGGGCUGUACACCCGAGAAUAUACGGAGACUCUCGUCCACGGUUCACUACAUAUUGGACUGGAGACGGAUACAAAAGCACCGGUUGCUACAAUGUCGUGUGUCCGGGUUUUGUACAAACAAGUUCCUAUAUAUUCCCCGGAAAGCCGUAUCCCCAAAUAUCACAGUAUGGCGUGACACCGGUUUACGCCACCAUACUCAUUACCAAGGAUCCGACCACAAAAAAUUGGCUGUUGUAUCACGAUUAUAAGAACGUCGGGUAUUGGCCGAGGGAGAUCGUACCCUCGAUGGAUGUCGGAGCCACCCGGGUUCGGUACGGCGGCAAUACGUACGUUUCUCCGGACGGAAUCAGUCCGCAAAUGGGAGACGGGAAUUUCCCGAACGUCGACAUAUCCAAGUGCGCAAACUUCAGACGAAACUCUCUCAUUUUGGAAGGUUCCGCGCCCAUUGAUAUCGAUGGUAAUAAAAUGACAAAAUAUACCGAUAGCGAUACUUGCUUCAAAUUGAAAUACUUUGGUGUCGAGAUUAAGGAGUUUGGACCGAUAUUUGCAUAUGGUGGUCCUGGUGGCCAAUGCGGUGUUUGAUAGUCUUGUUUUGGGAUCAAUCGCCCAACAAAUAUGAACUUUUCAAAGUUGGUUAAUAAAUAUAUGAACUUUUAAUUUCGUAUGAAAAAUAAACCAAUUUUGAAAAUUUUCUCUAAAAUGUGUGGGUUUAUGCCAAAAUUUUCAAAGUUCAUGUAUUU